UGGCAAUAGAUCUACAAUAUUAAUACAAGUCUAAAGAUGGCAGCUGCUGAUAUGAGCUCUGUUUUGAGCUCACCGAGAAGCCCAAAGCCUUUGAAACCAGGUUUUUAUAGACAAGAUAUAAAUAGAGAUACCUGGAUUGUCAAGGAAAGGUACCAAGAUAUGUCUCCUAUUGGAAUUGGCGGCUUCAGUACAGUUUGCUGUGCAGUGGACAGUGAGACAGGAGAGAAAGUUGCUCUUAAGAAGUUAGCCCGACCAUUUCAAAGUCCUGUUCAUGCUAAAAGGGCAUACCGAGAGAUCAAAUUACUAAAGAUGCUGACACGUUCAAAUGCUAAUGUAGUUGAACUUUUAGAUGUUUUUACUCCAAAUGAUUCUUUGGAUUCAUUUAAUGACAUCUACUUAGUGACUUGUUUUAUGCAGAGUGAUUUAGACAAUGCUAUUAAGAUACAACCUAUUACUGACGACCAAGUUCAGCUGUUAGUGUAUCAGAUAUUAAGAGGAUUGAAAUAUAUACAUUCAGCAGGUGUAAUUCACCGGGAUAUUAAGCCAAGCAACAUUGGUGUGAGCUCUGAUUUGGAAAUUAAAAUUUUAGACUUUGGCUUAGGAAGAAAGAAGAAAGGAGAAAUGACAGGUUUACUUCUUAAACAUGACUAUGUCAAUUGUUAUGAUGUACAUGUACUUGUAGGUUAUGUUACAACUCGUUUUUGGCGUGCUCCGGAAGUUUUAUUGCAGUGGAUGCAUUAUGAUCAGAAAGUUGAUAUAUGGUCUGUUGGUUGUAUUUUAGCAGAAUUACUAACUGGUCGUGUUCUUUUCUUUGGUAAAAACUAUCGAGACCACCUUAAUACCAUUCUUCAAAUUUGUGGAACUCCUGAUGAAGAAAUGAUGAGUAAGAUUGAUUCUGAUGAUGCUCGUACAUAUAUUAGAAGCCUGCCAACUUUUGCAAAAAAAAAUUUUAAGGAAUAUUUCACAGGCGCAAAUCCUCUUGCUGUUGAUUUGUUAGAGAAACUUCUUCAUCUUGAUCCUGAUCGACGACCUUCAGCUGCUGAAGCGUUGGAGCAUCCAUAUUUUAGUUGGCUGCAUCGUUCUGAUGAUGAGCCAAUAUGUGACCAGCAGUACACUGAUGAAACAGAGGAUAAGGAUCUUGACACUGAAGCUUGGAAAAGAUUAAUUUAUGAUGAACUUCUUAUACCUUACUCUCCGCCUUUCAACACACAGCCAAUGGAUACUUCUUAACUAUAAUAGUUGUACUUCAUUUUUUUAUCAAUUAUUAUUUUAAUAAAAAUUAUUGAUUCUGAAAAGCAAUUGUGAUGUGUUUUGGUUUAUGGUUUGAAGUAUAAUGGUCUACUGAUA